AUGGUUCCCAUCGCUCUGGAGGUGACCUGCAGCUUCCUCACCUGGCUGUGUCUGUACCUCUGCCUCUGCCGCUGGAACAAGCACCGCUCCCACGAGUGGAGCUGCCGCCUGGUCACCCUCCUGCACGGGCUCAUUGUCACCUGCCUCUCGGGUUACACCGCCCUCCUGGCCGGCCCCUGGCCUCUGACCCACGCAGGUUCACCAAACACACCUCUCCAGACCCACGUGCUGUCCCUGACCUUGGGCUACUUCAUCUUCGACCUGGGCUGGUGCCUGUAUUUCCAGACAGAGGGGGGCCUGAUGCUGUUCCACCACACCCUGAGCAUCUGUGGCAUGGCCCUGGUGCUGGGGCUGGGCAAAUCUGCCACAGAGGUCAACGCUGUCGUGUUUGUCAGCGAGAUCACCAACCCCCUGCUCCAGACCCGCUGGUUCCUGCGGGAGACGGGCCGGUACCGCACCUUCCUGGGAGAGCUGGUGGACUCCCUCUUCGUGCUCCUCUUCCUGGCACUGAGGAUCGUGGGGGGAGCCUGGAUCAUGGGUGCCAUGGUGAUGUCCCCUCGCCCCAGCUGGCUCCUCAAGGCUGGGGGCCUGGCCAUGUACGUGGUGUCCCUGGGGUUCCUGGUUGAAAUCUGCCGCUUCGUCAGGAGGAAGAUGGUGAAGAAACACCUUCCCUGGACGCGCCUGAGGAGGGGGAAUGAACCUGUGAGAAUGAAUGGACACGUGGCUGCUCAUUGA